AAGUCUUUUCUUCUGUAGUUGCGAUUGCCGUUUUGUACAUUAGUGCAAAUAGUACGAAAAUGAAUCUUAAUUUGGUACAUUGCUCAUCGAAAUACAAAUGUUAAUGUUAAGCUCAUGGUCCAGGUAGUGAAGACGUGAAAAAGUCCAGUCGUAGUGCAGAAAUAAUGAGCCGAAUCCAGUGGCGUCUCCGGGAGUUUCCAAAGAAAUUGGCAAACUGUGUCCGUUUCCGGUAUCACUAUUUGGUCAGAUGCAUCCGCUCUCUAUCGUACAAUCACCACAUGAGUCAGUCGUACGCGACCGACGUCUGUCUGGAACCAAUCUUCUGGUUUGUGGAUAACUUUACCCAUCUCCUUGGACCGUUUUUCGUGUUUGCCGUGGUUUGCCUAACGGCGGCGGUGGUCAUUAUUUGCUACUGGAUUGGACUGCCCUACUGGUGGAACAAAAGUCCAAGCACGACAUACUUCCUGCUUCUGGUGGGAAACUGGCUGCUAGUGAAUGUGUCGUACAAUUUCUACAAAGCGGCUGCUACCUCACCUGGAAGUCCACCGGAGAAGGAACUGAUUAUAGAGGCUGUGAGUAUCUGCAAGAAAUGUAUUGCCCCGAAGCCCCCUCGGACGCAUCACUGUUCGGUUUGCAACAGAUGUGUCCUGAAGAUGGACCACCACUGUCCUUGGCUCAACAAUUGCGUUGGAUAUGCAAACCAUCGGUACUUUUUCCUUUACAUGCUCUACACGACGGUAGGGGUGUUGUUUAUAAUUGUGUUUGGUUUUGAGCUUGGGUACAACGUGCUGAUCGUGGGAGAUGGAGAGGGAUGGAACGAAAUAGAACCAUUACAUGGCCAUCCGGUUCGAUUUAAUUUAUCUGGGCAUAUUAUUCCAGUGACCGAAAUGAACGAUUACGUGGACGAUGGGCUUGCUCCCGCAGAACACGAUCUUCCCGUUCCCCAGGAGUACAGCAGUAAUGCAGCAAAGCACCGAGCAAUUAUAUUCAUGGCCCUCAUCAACGUUGCUACCUUAUUUGCCCUGGGGGCUCUCACCUCGUGGCACAGUACCCUGAUUACGCGGGGAGAAACCAGUAUUGAAGCGCACAUCAAUAAGUCCGAAACGAAGCGGCUCUCUGCGCUAGGAAAAACCUACCAAAAUCCGUACGACUUUGGCCCCCGGAGGAACUGGAGACUUUUCCUGGGAUUGGUGCGAAAGCGAACCUGGUGGCGUCAUAUUUUGCUUCCAUCGGGUCAUAAAGCAGAAGGAAAUGGUCUCAUCUGGCUUACGGUCAACGAUUUCGUAGCCAUUGGCGAGGACGACGAAUGGCCGUAGCUUAUUACUAGAUUUAGGUAUAUUGCGUGAUAUUCAAAUAAUUCCAGUUUACAAUCGACUAGUCAUACCACCCAAAAGGCUAUGCAUUUCUUAUUAUUAAUAGAGGUGAGUAACAUUUGCCAGAA